GUCGACGUGAAUUCACUAUCCACCGUCCGCACACAGCUCGUAUACACCUCCAUUCUACUACACAAAGACAGAGGCGUCAAGACCUACGCAGCAUGCUAUCUUGCCGACAUACUCAGGCUAUACGCGCCUUAUAUCCAUACCGAGCUGAGGGACAUCUUCCAAUUCUUCUUCAGACAACUAGCAACCGGCUUGAGGGGCGCAGACGCAUCAUACUAUAAUGAUAAC